GCCCCGCCCCGCCCGGCCCCGGCGCCGCGGCCACACCGGGAAGGGCUCCAGGCGCUAUGGCGGCGGCUGCGCGCAAGGUCGGAGGAAAGUUCCCGCGGUCGGCGGCCGCCUGAGCGGCAGGAGCGACCGAGCGGGAGCGCCCGGGCCCGGCCGCCAGGCCUCUCCCGCCACCGGGGCAGCGGAGCGGCGCUGGGCGGGCGGAGAGCGCGGGGGUGCGCAGCGGGCCCGCCUCAUGCGCAGCCACCUGCGGAGGGGCUGAGCGGAGCCGCCGCCGCCGCGCCGGGGGCUCCUGGCGGGCACUGCCCGGGGCAGCCCCUGCCCGCCCGCCCCGGCACCGCCGCCGCCGCCGAGGGACGGACGGACGGACGGACGGACGCCGGCCCUGCCGCCGCCAGAGCCACCGCCGGGGAGCGACCUGUCAGCGCACCUCGCAGGCCGGCCCCGAGGACCCUUCCCACGCGCUGGUUUGUCCCCGGGAGAAGGAGAGUUGGGAGCCCUCUCCGUGCCUUAUCAAGUUCCUUAUCUGAGCGGCUGCCAGACGCUGUAGACCAGUUCGGCUUUAUCUGGUGCAGGGGAGGAAAACAGUGUAUCUCUCGCACCCCAUCCCAAAUCGAGGACCACCUAUUCUGCCGUGGUUUAAUUCACGAAGAUGGUGAAAUGCGGAUUGCCGUGUGAAGCAGCUAGAUCCCUGUUGUGGACUGAGGGCUUCGUAUUCACCUUCCAGCUCCCGAUCUGUGCUCUGUGAGAGAGGACACUAAUUCUUCUCCUUCAACCCCUUCCCUAAACCUUUCCUUGCUUCCAUGUUGCAUUGGUCAGACUUUUGGUCAGUGUUGUUUACGGAAGGGGAGGGGAAAGAAGGCAGUUGAGGUUACAAACAAAAGUACUUGUAUGACUCAUCUACUUGGAUUUAAGACAUUAUAUCCUUCUUUCAAGGGGCCUUUGCUUCUCUCUGAAGGAAUCAGAUGCUUGUUCCUAUUCUUCCAGAGGAGGAUGGAUUGAAAGUUGUCCAUUUUAGACUUUUCUUGGGCCACUGCUGAUAUUAUUAAAGACAUAAUGGGGCUUUUUCACUGGAUUAUUGCCAGAAUUAGUUUACACACUGAAACAAUGAGUUGUUAGGCCUCUCAUACGAUAAUAUUUGUCCUGCUUUAAUAUAAAGUUGCUGCGGAGGUGCGUUAAAAAUCGUGGAGGACAGUCUGCAUCAGAGGAGGCUCUCUUCGUCUCUGGUUGGUGUGGCAACCAGCAAUCUGUCCUCGAUGCCUUCAGCCUUGGCCAUCUUCACUUGCCGCCCGAACUCUCAUCCGUUUCAGGAGCGUCAUGUCUACCUGGACGAGCCCGUCAAGAUCGGCCGCUCCGUGGCUCGCUGCCGGCCAGCCCAGAACAACGCCACGUUUGACUGCAAGGUGCUCUCCAGGAACCAUGCUCUUGUCUGGUUUGAUCACAAGACAGGCAAGUUCUAUCUUCAAGACACUAAAAGUAGUAAUGGUACCUUUAUUAAUAGUCAGAGACUGAGUAGAGGAUCUGAGGAAAGCCCACCAUGUGAAAUAAUGUCAGGUGACAUCAUCCAGUUUGGUGUAGAUGUGACGGAGAACACGCGGAAAGGUAAGGUUACCCAUGGAUGUAUAGUCUCCACAAUCAAACUGUUCCUUCCAGAUGGAAUGGAAGCUCGAUUGCGAUCAGAUGUUAUCCAUGCUCCAUUACCAAGUCCUGUUGACAAGGUUGCUGCUAACACUCCCAGUAUGUAUUCUCAGGAAUUGUUUCAGCUUUCACAGUAUCUACAAGAAGCCUUACAUCGGGAACAAAUGUUGGAACAGAAGCUGGCAACCCUUCAGCGAUUACUUGCUGUCACACAAGAGGCUUCAGAUACUAGUUGGCAGGCUUUAAUAGAUGAAGACAGGCUGCUAUCAAGACUAGAGGUUAUGGGAAAUCAGUUACAGGCUUGUUCAAAGAAUCAAACAGAAGACAGUAUACGAAAAGAGCUUAUAGCAUUACAGGAAGACAAACACAACUAUGAGACAACAGCCAAAGAGUCCCUGAGGCGGGUCCUUCAGGAGAAAAUCGAAGUGGUCAGAAAAUUGUCUGAAGUGGAGCGGAGUUUAAGUAAUACAGAAGAUGAAUGUACACACCUGAAAGAAAUGAAUGAGCGGACUCAGGAAGAAUUAAGGGAAUUAGCUAAUAAAUACAAUGGAGCUGUAAAUGAAAUUAAGGAUCUUUCUGACAAGCUAAAGGUAGCAGAAGGAAGACAAGAAGAAAUCCAGCAGAAAGGACUGGCUGAGAAAAAGGAAUUGCAGCAUAAAAUAGAUGAAAUGGAAGAAAGGGAGCAAGAGCUUCAAGCAAAAAUAGAAGCUUUGCAGGCCGACAAUGACUUCACCAACGAGCGCCUGACAGCUUUGCAAGUACGGUUAGAACACCUUCAGGAGAAAACUCUUAAAGAACACAACAGCUUAGGCAUACAAGUUGACGACUUCAUACCUAAAAUUAAUGGGAGCACAGAGAAAGAGCACUUUCUUUCAAAGAGUGGAGGGGACUGCACUUUUAUUCAUCAGUUCAUAGAAUGUCAGAACAAGAUCAUAGAUGAAGGACAUCUAACCAAAGUGGAAGAAACAAAGCUUUUGAAAGAGAAUCAAGCACGAGUCAAAGAAUCCAACGAUUUGUCGGACACUCUCAGCCCCAGCAAGGAGAAAAGCAGCGACGACACUACAGAUGCUCAAAUGGAUGACCAAGAUCUAAAUGAACCUAUUGCUAAAGUAGCUCUUCUAAAAGAUGAAUUGCAGGGUGCACAAUCAGAGACUGAGGCUAAGCAAGAAAUUCAGCAACUGCACAAGGAGCUGAUUGAAGCCCAAGAGCUAGCUAGGACAAGUAAACAAAAAUGCUUUGAACUUCAAGCACUCUUGGAAGAAGAGAGAAAAGCAUAUCGAGUGCAAGUCGAAGAGUCUAACAAGCAAAUAAAUGCUCUGCAAGCCCAGUUGCGAAGGUUACAAGAAGAAAUUGAGAAUCUUCGUAAGGAGAAGGAGAACGAGAUUUCAAGCACUCGAAACGAACUAGUCAGUGCUCAAAAUGAGAUCCUGUCACUUCAGCAAGUAGCAGAAAAGGCAGCAUCAGAACGGGACACAGAUAUUUCCACUUUGCAAGCAGAGCUGCAGACGGUGCGAGCGGAGCUCGAGCGGUGGCGGAAAGAUGCCUCGGAUUAUGAAAAAGAAAUUGUCGACCUGCAAGCCAGUUUUCAGCUCAGGUGCCAGCAGUGUGAGGAUCAGCAGAAGGAAGAGGCCACUCGCUUAAAAGGUGAACUUGAAAAGCUGAAGGCAGAGUGGCUUGCUCUGGAAGCUGAAUGUGUUAAACUAAGGAAGGAAAAUACUUUGCUUACAUCUGAACUUCAGCGACAAGAGAAGGAGCUCUCUAGCUCUCAGAAACAGAGUUUAGCACUGACCAGCGAUAUAAGUGUUCUUGAAAUGUCUCGAAAGGAACUUGAGAAUCAGAUGGGAUCUUUGAGAGAAAAACAUCAACGGGAUGCAGCUAGUCUGAAAACUCAGCUCAGUGAAGCUGAGAGUCAAGCAAAAGAUGUUCAGAAAGAGUAUGAAAGAACACAGACUGUGCUCUCAGAGCUGAAGGCAAAGUAUGAGGUGGCUGAGCAGGAGAAGCAGUCACUCACAGAAGAGCUCAAACAGUGUAAAGAGAACCUGAAGCUGCUACAAGAAAAAGGAAACAACCCUUCCAUAUUACAACCCGUCCCAGCCGUAUUCAUCGGCCUAAUCCUGGCUUUCCUGUAUUGGUGUUACGGCCCAUUGUGGUAGCGAAAGAGACAAUGGCCUUGGAUGCCUGUGAUGGCAGCUUUGGUUGCUGUAACAGCCGUGGUGCUGUACCCAGGCCUAACCAGAGCUUCUCCAUGAGAACUGUUGUUGAAUCCAUACACCGUCCUCCCUUUAGAAGCUGGCAACAUUCAUAUACUGAGGGAAAACAGAUUAAUUCUCUUCCUUUUUACCUCUUAAUACAGCACAGCUCUGCGUGAGAACAGCAGUAGGGUCAUUUGCUUUAAACUGUAUAAAAUGUAUCUGUCUAUAAAGAGGGAAUAAAAUUGUGAUUCAUCAUACUGUGAGCAAUAUUUUUGCUUACAACUUCAUGCAAGUUUUAAAUUAGUAUGUUGGGGUUCUGAAUACUAUAAUGGUGGCCUAAAGUAGGCUUCUUGGUACCAAAUUAUUUAUAAUGGCUAGGGUUGUGGACACUGACUUUAGAAUCUGAUUGCCAGAAAUAAGAGGAAAAUACAUUUCUGAUUUGGACAUCCAAGCCAAGUAACUUUGCAGAUACUUGGGAAACAGAUGCAGUGUGCUCAGUGCCUUUCAGUAUGAUCUUUUUUUUUUUUUAACUAGUAUAUCAUUUCCUUGCUGUUAGUCACUGAGCUGUUGGGAACAAGACUUUAAGAAAACUUCUCUUACCACGCCUUUCGAAGGAAGCAUAUUUUUCUUUGAUAAGGAUUGCUUUAUUAAUGGGUUUGGGGAAUAAACACAAUUCAUGUCCAGCCUUAAAGAGAUAGAGAUACUGAUGGUGAAGACCAGCCUAAAGUAUUUAGUGUGCGCGAGUGCGAGUGUAGCAUGUGUGUGUUCUUGAGUGAACUGAGGUGUUUCUGGGAGCAAGUACUUGGUCAUUUGAUGGACAUAGUGCAGUGAUUCAACUUACGUUAACUUUAGUUUGAAUGUAAUUUAUUAAAUUUCAUAUAUUUAAAGAGAUACGUUCUUUAAAAGUAUGAAUACCUUCUCACAUAUCACAUGUAUCAGUUUAUUUUUUCAGUCGUUUGAUACUCUCUGACUUGAGCUGGAGAAGCUCUUUAGAUAAGCUUUUGUUGACGUAACUUUAUUAAGAGAACUGCUACAGUAUGUCUGUGAUUAGCUGAAAACAUCUAAGAUACAUAAAAUACUACGAAAUUGGAAUCAUAUGCCUGCUGAAGUAUUGUCAGGUGAAGAUGAUUUUAAUUUGGUAGUAAAAUUUUGUGCAUCCUCAUCACAUGGCUGUAAGUAUGAUGCAGUGGUCCCCAUUACAAAGUUGAUUUUCCUUAUCUAAGUACUAUAACUAUUGCUAUUUGCUGACUUUUGGUGGGAAUCACUGUAGUUAGUGCUGAAUUAAAUGUAGACUGUAGUUGUCUUGUUCAGCUCAACAGUUCUGUCAAAAAAGUUUAUUAAAGACUUAAAUAAUAUGCUAAAGAAUGGUAAAGUAAAAGGAAACUUCAAAAUAGGGAGGUAAUCUCAGCAAUUCAAUUGGCUUUAAAGGAUGUUAUGGCAAUCGACAGAUAGUUUAAAUAAUUAAAUAGAAAUUUAGCAUAUAAUUUACUUUGUGAGGUUUUAAGGGUCAUUGUCCUUUAAUUAAAGGUUCUAUCUUAAGUUACAUGGGAUUUGCUAAUGGGAGGAUUAUUAGUUGGAAAAAAUUAGUCCACAGGUGACUUGUAGAAAAUAAAUAUUGUCAUUUAGUUCAUUCAUUUCAUCCUUUUCAGUUGCAGGAAGCCACCCAACCACAGAACACUCGUAUGCCAGUGGUACUUAGUACCUCUUGUAUAUAGGUUAUUGCAAAUAUUGUUCUGAAAUGCUUAACUUCAGAAUUACAUUUUUUAAAGUAAAUAAUUGUUUUAAAUCUAUUUUGUAAAGAUAUAAAAAUACAAUAGAAUUUCUGGAGUACAGAUUAAACUAUUUGCACUAACACACGUGAUGUGCAUGAUUUAAUAAAAUAACUUUACUCUCCCUA